AUUUCUUGCACUGAUGUAGCGCGAAAUAUAAACCUUAACUGUUCCUCAAGGUCCUUUAGGGCUAUCUCCGCAUAUUUGACGUUCAUUUAUUAGAAAGGAUAGUCCAAACAAUACUCUCUGGAUGCAAAGCUAACGAGCUUUAACUUGUAAACAAGACAAUUUAGUCUAAGAUUAUACCAUCUUGACGUUAUAGUUAAUGCCAGUUCAUGAUGAAAACCCUGAAUCUUAUUCCUGAACCUAAAUUAUGUCUGUUGACUAUAUUCCUGACAACUCACAGCGACUUAUAAUUCUCGUUUGACCUUAGAAUGUAGACGACCAAUCUCUCGAUUUCUGGAGAAAAUGUACCAAUUUUUGUGCAGUUUCAAUGAAAAAAUAUAAGGACAUAAGAUAUAAACCCAAAAAAUUUCCACACUUCCUCAAGUUUAAAAGGUUGUGUGUUCAUGCUCAAGGUCAAUUUAACGUUGCUCUGAAGACGUGGAUAAGUUGUAGUCUCACUUAUGUCAUGUAAAAGUGCCUGACUAGAUCACAUUCGUCUCAUACAGCUUGAAUUAACACUCAACUCAAAUUAUGGUGUUGUUCAUUCGAAGUCCAUCUCUGCAGCCAUUAGUCUGCACUUGGAUAAUAGUUUGUAUCAUCUUAGUUAUUGACUCUAUAUUGUUUGAGACAGUUCCAUAUCGUCUACCUAGUAACUAGUAAAGUUUUUGAAAAACCCCACUCCUCAUCUGUUUUUAAACAAUAACAAGGCGUAGAGUUUUAUGUUUUUCUUUCUGAGCGUCAGCACUAGCCUCCUUGCUGCUCGUUCUACCAGAUAAUAAACGAAUGGGAGUUGUCCGUGUGUAGCAUAUGGUUUAUAUUUAAUCUGUCAUAUUCCUUAUAAUCCCUCUUCUCCCAAUAAAUAAAUCCCAAGUUUUAUUUCGUAACAACUCUUAAGGAAAGAUUGUCGAAUGAGUUAAAUAUAUAAUUACUCUGAAAUAUGCACAAACUUUGAUAGCAAGUCUCAGCUAGAGAAUUCACUCAGAAACGGGGUAUUCUCACUAUUUAACAAAUCCCUCAAAAACUUUCUAAAUGUUUACUAUGGUACCGGUCACACUGAAAAACUAGGUUUGUUUUCCUUCGACUAGUCUCACCGAGUAAUAUAUUGUUCGUUCAUGUCUCUUUAAGACCAAUGCAAAAGUGCGUGACUAUUUUUCAUCUGUUGAGGCAAAAUAUACGUUACGUAACAUUGAUUUGGGAUGAGUAAUUUUCUUCAACUUGUUUGUGAAAUCAGACAACGGUUUUACGACUACAACAUAUCUGUACUUUUGUGUAUUACCUUCAUUCAUACCACCAAAUAUUCUUUAUUUUGUACUACCAACGUUCUCAUUGCAUGCAUCACUCCCCUUAGAAACCAUAGCACAACUAAAAAACAUGACUAAACAUUUGGUAUAAACCUAUGUACCUCUGGUUAAUCCAUUUAAUAUAAAUUAGAUGGGAUAAAAUAAAUGAAAAAAAUAAAUACGGUUACCACAUUAGCUAGUAUACUGUUGGCUUCCUAACUUGACGCAUCACUCGAAAAUAGAAAUUCAGAUCACAGCAAAUUCAUACUUCUCAACAAAAUAAAACGUGAACGUUUUGUCAAUGGUUAGGUCAACGUUAAGUUGGUUAUCCAGUAACAAUUAUUCACAAAUAAUUCGGAAUUAUUUAAAUCACCUUUGGCUUAAAUGGUUCUAACCACUUCUCUUUUUUUCAGAAAAACCAUAUAACAUUCUUUCGUAAUUGCAGCUCUCCCUUUCUUCAAUGAAUAAUAAAAGGUCAAACGAUGUUAAUAUCAUUCCUAAAUCAGAUAUUCGUCAAUUGAUUAGAGCUACAAAGCCACAAGCUCAACGGACCAUUGAUCAUCCUCAUGCGAGAUAUAAUCAACUCGGUCGAAUAUCAUGUAUUUUAUGUGGUGUGCAAAUCAAAUCAGAAUUUGCUUGGACUGCACAUAUACUCAGCAAGUCACAUAAACAAAACGAACUACGUGGGGUCCAAUUGCCUACUAAACGUCCUGCCACGGGAACCAGAACAAUUGACGAGGUAACCUGUAAAUUGACAAAGGUUGAAAACAAGGUUAAGUCAGACGAGAAAAAUUCGGAUGCUAACCAACACAAUGACUUACCAACGUUAAUUUCCAGUGGAAAGAUAUGUGAAAAAAAUCCUGCAGAGAGAAAAAUAGAAUCACAAUCUCAACUCCCUGAAGGUUUCUUUGACGACCGAUAUAAAGAUGCAAAAGUUCGAUGUGUUCCAUAUAAGGAUAAAAUGGCGGAAGAGUUGGAACUUUUUCAAAAAGAAAUGGUUACUCUGGAAAAGCACUCAGAAGAAAUCAUGGAAAAAGAAAGUGAAGCAUCAGUAUCUGAACGAAAUUUAGCUGAGAUAAAUGAACAAAUAAUGAAAUGGGAAAAAAUCAAACAAUUAGAAAAUGAAAAAGAUUUAUACGAAAUGCGAUUAAAGAAAAAACUAACAGACAGUAUAAAUCAAUUUAAAAAAUCCGAAAACCAUACAGACAUUAAGAUAAAAAAGGAACAAUGCUACACAGAAGGUGAUAGUGGCGGUGAUUAUAGUAAUAAUAAUAAUAAUCAUAGUGAUGACGAUGAUGAUGAUGAUGAAGACAAUAUCUCCGAUGAAUUAAAUAAUUUCCGGACAAAAAAUACAAUUUAAAUGAAAUAACGAAAGACAUUGUCUUUUCCUGUGUUCUUUUUUUCACAUACAUACUCAACUAUAUCUGUAUAUAUGUGUUUAUGGAAUGAGUGUGUAUGAUGUUAUUUGUAAUGUAAAAAAUAAUUUUAUGUAUAAGAAAUAAACUACUUGCUAGUUUAUAAGUAAUAUGCACAUUUGCCAUAAAGUGUGUACAAUGUAUAAAUAGGAGAAUGAUAUAUACAUAUAAGCAGUAUAUAUCUAAAUGAUUAAAAAAAUUUCUUUUUUUUACAGUCUUGUAUUAUUUAUCAUUAUUAAAGUCCCUGCCAUUAUUUAGGCUUUUAAUUUGAUAGUGCUGUGGAGUAUUCUAUCUUUUUCUUUAUGAAAAUAAAGUAAAUUGAGUGCUGUCCUCUUU